AUGUUUUCGGAAUUUAUUAAGGCUUAUCCAAAAUUCUAAACUCUACUUUAUAUAUUGGGUAUAAUCGGCUUGCUCAAAUGCACAAGGAUGCUCUGGUUUUUAUGGAAAUUGAUAAGGCCAAGCACUAACCUUAAAAAAUACGGGAAUGGCUCUUGGGUAUUCAUAACAGGGGCCUCAGAUGGAAUAGGAAAAUAGUUGGCCAUCAAAUUUUCGUAGAAGGGAUUCAAAAUCAUCUUGGUUGCUAGAACACGUUCGAAAUUAGAGGCAGUGGCACAAUAAUUACAAACUGAAUCACACAUCAUAGUUGCCGAUUUUUCUUAAUCUAUGGACAAUAAAUUGUUUGAUAAAAUAAUGGAUGAGGUAGGUGAGAGAGACGUGAGCAUAGUCAUAAACAAUGUUGGUGUAGAUGCUUUUAAUCGUUUUCAUUUGAUAUCGGAUGAAGAAAUCUACAAAACCAUAAUAGUGAAUUGUCUGCCAGUGACAAUGUUAUGUAAAAGGUUUAUUCCAUAGCUGUUAAGAAGGAGAUCACAUAAAUCUGCAAUAGUAAAUGUGACAUCUCUGGCAGGAUAGAUCCCAACUCCCUAUUUCAAUGUAUAUAGUGCAAGUAAGUCCUAUGGGGAAUUCUUGACAUAAACAUUGAGUGUUGAAUAUCCUGAAUUGGAAGUCUUUGCUUUAAGACCAUCUGAGGUCUCAACUAAUAUGACUUUUAAUAGGAAACCAGAUUUGAUGACCAUCACCUCUUCAGAUUGUGCGGAUGGACUAUUGAAGAGAAUGGGUUAGAAUACAAAUGGACAUUGGAAUCAUGAGAUCUAAGCUGAAUUAUAUAAAUUGGUGCCUUCUUGGUUAUACAAUUGGGUAUUGAUUAAGGUAGGAUUAUGGAAUUAUUAUUUUAGUUCAUUGCUCCUUAAUGGUUGAAGGAGAGGACAUCUACAACAGAUACAUAGAAGAAAAACAACUGAUUAUUGAGUGGU